AUGCAAACCCGAGAAUCAAAUCCUUUUGUAACAGUUGUCUGUGCUGUGAAUGCCCUUGCCCACCAUGUGCUCAACAAGGACCUCAGGGACAUUGUCAGUGACUUCAGAGGCUUCUACAGGCAGCUCACGAGUGAUGGGCAGCUCAGAUGGAUUGGUCCAGAGAAGGGCGUGGUGCACCUGGCUACGGCGGCUGUCCUCAAUGCGCUGUGGGACCUGUGGGCGAAGCAGGAAGGGAAGCCCCUGUGGAAGUUACUUGUGGACAUGGUAAGUAGAUUCUGUGAUAUUACAAUUGUUUCCGUAAAUGAAAUGGGCUCCCGGAUUACUUGCCUUUUGAUAUUCAGUAAAUAUAUUCACGACUGUCGGUUACUAUCAGAAACGACCGAGGUCCUCAUCAGACCCAGGGGAGCUUUCCAGUGUGUAAUGGUGGGUGUGUUCCUCUCCCCACAGCUCUGCGAGGAAGCGCUGAAGGAUGGCUGGACCAGGUUUAAAGUAAAGGUUGGUGCAGAUCUCCAGGACGAUGUGCGCAGGUGCCGGCUCAUCAGAGACGUGAUUGGACCAGAGAAAACUUUGAUGAUGGAUGCCAACCAGCGCUGGGACGUGCCUGAGGCAGUAGAGUGGGUGUCACAGCUGGCCGAGUUCAAGCCGUUGUGGAUCGAGGAGCCAACCUCCCCUGAUGACAUUCUGGGGCACGCUGCUAUUUCCAAGGCACUGGCCCCGUUAGGAAUUGGAGUUGCCACAGGAGAACAGUGCCACAAUAGAGUGAUAUUUAAGCAACUCCUCCAGGCGAACGCCCUGCAGUUUCUCCAGAUUGACAGCUGCAGACUGGGAAGUAUCAAUGAGAACCUGUCAGUAUUGCUGAUGGCCAAAAAGUUUGGAAUUCCUGUCUGCCCCCACGCUGGUGGUGUUGGCCUCUGUGAACUGGUGCAGCACUUGAUUAUAUUUGAUUACAUAUCAGUCUCUGCAAGCCUUGAAAACAGGAUGUGUGAAUAUGUCAGCCACCUGCAUGAACAUUUCAAGUAUCCUGUGAUGAUCAGGCAGGCUUCCUACAUGCCUCCCAAGGAUGCUGGCUAUUCAACAGAAAUGAAGGAGGAAUCUGUAAAGAAACACCAGUAUCCAGAUGGUGAAGUCUGGAAGAAACUCCAUGCCGCUCAAGAAAAUUAAGUGUUCAGCCCUUACGCUUUUCUUUUUUAAAUGAAAAGGCUUAAAAUUUCUUGGAUAUGGUUUCACAAAAAUAGAAGGAAAAAAAAAAUCCUACCAAUCAUGAUGAGUUCAGCUGAAAGUCAUAUUAACCUAAGGAAUCAGUUCAGUAAUCAUUAUUACUUGAUUCUUUUAGCAAAUCAAUGUACAUUUUCCUAUUUAAUCUUUAAAUUUAGAUUUAACUAACCCAAAGCCUAGGAAGGUGUUCUCACAAAAUUUCUAUCAAGUGCUGGUAACUAGACAUUAAACUGUACUUUGAAAAUAA